CCCAUACUUACAUAGGCCAAAAAGCCCUCGCUGAAGUGAAAUACCGCCGGAACUGUUGCGAAAAACGUCAUGCGCGUCGUUGUCUUCGGCGCAUCCGGAGUCCAAGGGGCACAUCAAGUCCCAGUCCUUGCCCGCGCUGGCCACAACGUUGUUGCCGUGAGUCGCAAUCCCAAACCGCUAGAGGUGGGUGGCCAGAAAAUUGAAACUGCGUCGGUAGAUUUCAGCGAUGAAGACGCCAUUUUGCGAGUCCUCCAAGGCGCGGAUGUUAUCUUCCUCAAUCUACCCUCCACAUCGUUCAACCCAGCGGAGCCCAUCAUUGCUGCCACGAAAGCAAUCGCUCAGGCGGCGAAACAGAAUGGUGUCGGGAUGAUUAUUUUCAACACGAGCAUGCCCGUUCCAGAUGUUGCUCAGGAUAUCAAGGCGCAGGAUGAUCGACGAGAGAUGCGCCGCUUGCUUCGGGAAUCAGGAGUUCCAGUUAUCAGCAUUCAACCAGUUGUAUAUCUUGACAACCUGCUCGAAGGGUGGGCUCUUCCACCCAUUCGCGACCGAAACACCAUUGUGUACUGCCAUAAGCCUACACUCGAGGUCUCUUGGAUAUGCCACCACGAUGUUGCCCAGCUCAUGGUGGCUGCGAUGGAAAGGCCGGAACUCGCGGGACGAAAUUUCGCGGUCGGCGGACCAGAAACCGUGCGCCUGGAGCAGCUCGCCGAAAAACUGUCACGAGCGUGGGGCAGGAAAUUGGACUAUGAGUGUCAGACUGUGUUAGAUUUCUGUGAUAAGAUCAGCAUGACAAUGAAAGGGCGAGGAUUGGAGACUGAGCGUAUCGUAAGCCAGAUGUUUAAGGCGUAUACGUAUUACAAUGAGGCGGGAGACCUUCCCUUUAAGAUUGAUAUGGGUCCGAUUGUGAAGGAAUUGCCUGUGAAUCUCACCCCAAUCGAGGAAUGGGCGAAAAUGAGGAUUCCUCCAGGUUGGUAGCCG